UUUCAGAAUCUUGUCAUGGAUGGAGACACAGAAUACAACAAAGUCGAAGAUGUUGUCGGCUGCCAUGUUGAAGAUGCUGUAACAUUUUGGGCACAGAAUAUCGGUAGAUGUAAUGACCUCUUGAAAUUAAGUUGUGCGCUGGCUGAUGUUUGUCCUCGGGCUAAUGCAAUUUUUGGCAAGCCUGAUUUUAGUAAGAUAUAUGGUGGGUGUUUUUCUGAAGAUGGAUGUUGGUACAGAUGUACAGUACAGCAAGUGAUCAAUGAUGAAAAGUGUCAGGUAUUGUACAUUGAUUAUGGAAAUUCUGAGAUUCUAAACAGAUCAGAAAUAGUUGAAAUUCCAGCAAAUUUGCAAUGUCCGAGUGUUGCCAAGAAGUACAAACUCUGGGGACUGCAGAUACCAACUGAUCAAAACUUAAACAUGUUUGACCAGGGGAAGAAGUUCUUGGACAGCCUGGUUUUUGAAAAAGAAAUAAAAAUACGACACAAAGCCAAGCAUGAGGAUGGUACCAUCGUUGUCCAGGCAGAAUAUGAAAAAACAGAUAUUGGAGAAGAGGUAGCUAAGACAGGGUUUGCUGAAAAAUGCAGAUCUGCAGUAAACACUAAAAAUGGGGAAGAGAAAAAAGCAGAUCUUAUGCAAAACCAACCUUGGAGUGUAAAAGUUCCAGUUCCUCUGUGGAUGAACAGACCCAAUCGUUCACUCAGCAGACCAAGAGGACGCUUUGAGCAUGUAGUUGCCAGUGCAAGGAAUGAGAAUUUUACUGGAAGCCAUAUGUUUGUCACAAAAGAAAAAAUGCUAGUUUCUGGUUCAGUGUUAGACAGCAGUUUGGAAAAAAUAAGACAAGAUCAGAAGCUGGUUGAAGAAAAUGAAAAGCUUAAGGUGGAGAAAGAACUUCUCAGAAAGGACAAUGAAAGUCUCCUACAGAUGCAGAAGGAGCUAGAACUGAAGGUUGAGCAGCUGAAACAUGAACUUCAGGAAGAGAAGGAAGCAUCUAGAGAAACUGCUGAACGUUUUGAGGAAACCUUAAGAAAAUACGUGGGAACAAAAAUGAGAAGUUUGGUUGCUAAUGUGAAGGUACUGAAAGAAAUUAGGCACACAAAUAAGAAUACUCGUUUUGGGGAAGACCUCUCACAAGCUAUAGAAGUGGUUACAGAAGGAUGUCUCACUGUUCCGUGUUCCUUGGAAAAACUGCAGAAGACUUGGGUGGAAUAUGACUUGGCUCAAGAGAUGAUUCAGUUGUGCAAAAAUGUGGAUGAAAGAGAUGAAUUGAUUAUCAAGAGAAAUGAGAUGCAGGAGAAUCUGUAUUCUGCAGUGGAAGAAUUAAUUUUGGAAGUGGAUCAAUUGCCCCUCUCUGAGCGCUCAAGAACAUUGCAGGAGCUGUCCACUUCCCUGGAGGUUGUGUAUGGUCAAGUUUGUGAAGCAGAUGAGUCUGAGGAGGUAUUUGAGCAAUUCUUUAAGUGGAAGCGUGCUAAAACAGAGGAAUUCAUUCGUGUCAGAAAUGAUACAAAUGCUGCUCUGCAAAUUCUCACUGACUGGUUCAGUGUCAUCAUAAAGUGUUUUGACCUGAUGUCAGAAGCAUCUCUGAAUUUGGAGGAAGUGAUCGGCAAUGUGGAUGAAGUCCUAAAAAAGGUUGAGUUGGAUAUUUGUAAAGAACUGGAGACUGACUCAGCUGAGCACGAUGAGGCAGAUGAGCAAAUAAUUACAAGUGCUUACAAUAAAGUUAUACAUAAGAUUCGUCAAGAGCAACAUCUGAUCACUGUCAUACAGAGUAAAUACUUGGCCAGUGCUGAGUUCAGAAAACAGGCAGCAGAAUGGCUGAAUAGAAGACCUAAUACUGACAACUUAUUAUCAAUUAAGAAGACUCUGAAAAAUUUAAAGGCCCAGUUAAGAUGGAAGAUGGUUGAAAAGAGCAACUUUGAGGAAUCAGAUGAUUACAGUGAGUUUGAAAUGACAAGAAUUAAGGAUAAAAUUGCUGAACUGCGAAAUAGUGUUCUUCAGGAAAUAUACAAGGAACAAGAAGAAUAUGAAAAGCUUACGUAUUUGGUGCAGAAAUGGUUCCCUGAGUUGCCACUUCUUCAUCCAGAAGCAGGAAUUCUGAACUAUAUGAAUUCUGGUGGACUUCUGACGCACAGCUUGGAGCGAGACCUCUUAGAUGCUGAACCCAUGAAAGAACUGAGCACGAAGCGGCCUUUAGUGUGUUCAGAAAUUCAAGAGCAGAAGGUUCUUUUAAAGGGAUAUUCUGUAGAUACAAAUUCAGAAGCCAAAGCAAUAGAAAGAGUUGCCAAAUACCACAGAGCUUGGGGUCAGCAGAAGGAGAAUUCUGGAUUAUUACAACUGAUGUUUCUUCUUUUCUGCAAGUCUGAUCCUCUGGUGUAUUUAAUGGUCCCAUAUUAUCCAGGGGCAAGUCUGGAAGCUUUACAGACUGAUACACCUUUAACUUUAAAAGAAGCACUAAAAGUGAUGAAAGGAGUGGCCCAAGGUCUACACACAUUGCAUGGAGCUAGUAUAGUUCAUGGAUCUCUGCACGGAAAUAACGUUUUUGCUGUGAAUCGAAAACAAGGAAUCGUUGGAGACUUUGAUUUCACGAAAUCAGAGGAACAACGUGCUGCUGCAAGCAGUAUGGUUGUCGGUACGCUAAGCUUAGUUUCUCCUGAACUGAAGAUGGGACAACCAGCUUCUCCAGCUUCUGAUAUGUAUGCUUAUGGCUGCCUUCUGCUCUGGCUUUGUGCUCAAAACAAAAAGUUUGGCAUAAAGGAAGAUGGAACACCAGAGGUGGAUGUGGUUGGUAUGGAUGAUAAAGUUAAAUCUCUUCUCCUGAAUUUGCUGUGCUGUAACAGACUGACAGCUGAGCAGGUACUGAAGGAUGAUUGCUUCCUCUUAGUUGAUACGAUUCCAGUUUCACCACAACAGAGUGAAGAACUUGAGCCACAUGAAGAGCAUGAUUGUGAAAAGGUGGAUAAAAAUGAAGAGAAGGCAAAUAACUCUGAGGAAAAUGGGGUAAACCAUUCUGCGUAGAUGAAGAACAUGUUCAACAGGUGUUCAAGACUUUUGUUACUGGCUAUUUCCAAAAUUAAUUGUCCUGAUCUCAAAUCUCAAGAUAUAAAAAGUUUGGUAGGUGUAGUCAUGUUUUGUGAUUACACAAUGUUCACUGAGUUUUAUUUUGAGUACAUUUAGUUCUAAAUAAGUGUUCAGGGCUAUAACCUGUUGUGUUCCUUCUCAGUAGAAAGACUAACUUCGGUGUUUCUUUAAUUUGUUCUACUGUUCCUGAUUGCAUUCUUAGUUUGUCAGAUUUUUUUCUUUCUGUUCCGUAGAUGUUAGUUUACAGAGAAUAGUCUUGUUUAGAUUCAGAAGUCUUAGGAUGAAGGCCUUGUGACUUGUUUUUGUAUCCAGUUUUCUAUCCCUCUUGCUGUCAUUCCAGAUUAAUUGUUACCAUUAAAGAUGGUAGGGUAUUACUGUUUUGUUGGAGUGUUUUUGUUGCAUAGCCAAGAUGUUCCCACAGAAAGUGUCUUCAAGCUAAUGACUGUAGGUGCUGCUUUGACAGCUGGUUAAGGAAACGGGGAGCAGGCUGCCUCCUUUCUGUCUUGUAGUCCAAGCGAGAUGCAGUUAACUUUCUAGGCAGAAGGCAUCAUCUGAGUUGUUCCUUUAUAGUGCUGCUGCCAGCCAAAAUACUAUACACCUGCAUAUGGCAAAAAUCACUGCUCAUCUGCUUUACAAAAGUGUGUGUAUAUUAUCUGUUCUUAAACCUUGCUCACAGUAGUUUUAAAGUUUUCAGUUUUGAUGACAGGUUUUGUCUGUCUGAAACACUUUGCCGUUGUCAUUGGAAGAGUUUUGUCAGCUCUUUAUUUUUUUGCAGGAAUUGCUGUUCAUCUUUUUGGAAGUUUUUCUUUCUUUGAAAGAAAUGGAUCACAGAGUGCAGAGUUCCUGUAGGGAUAUAUUUGGCCUCUGGGUGUUGCUCUUGGACAGUACUGUUGGCAGACUGGUAUGUUGUAGAGGAGUUACUGAAUAGUGUCAGAUGAAGAAUGUAAAAACUACCUUGUGUGAUGGGGAAGGAGGAGCACUGGGGAAUUCGGAAACCCUCAGGUACAGCGCUACAGUCCGCAAUGGAAAGAAGAUAUCACAUUGACAGUUCUGUGGCUGACAUUAUACUUGUUUGUUUUUUCCAUCCUUAAAUCAUUUACUUUUUUCUGACUUCGUUUUACUUAGAAUAGCUUCCUUGAGAUGUUGGGCGCUUUUCCAUUUCAUUUCAUUGAUAAUGACUUCAAUUUUUGUACAGUGUAUGUAAUCAGUGAUGGCAAAACCUUUGUUAAAAAUAGUUUUGACUUAACGAUUUUUGGUCAGUUUGAUUUAAAUGUAUUAUUACAGAAAUCACAGAAGAAUAGUACUUUGUUUUUUGUCAAUGAAAAUAAAGUUUGUAGCAGUUCUGCUGCAUUCUUUCUAAAUACUGAU